AUGUCAAAUAUUCAAAAGCUACAAGAUGUUUCUAAGCCAAAUAAAAACCAGUUCUGUAUAAAGUUAUAUAAAAAGGCCUAUGUUAUUUCAACAUAUAGCAAGGCUUCAGUAGCUAAGGAUUUGCCAAAAAAGAAGCAGAAG